UUUUCAACUUACUUCAUCACAUACUUUCUCCUCCUUCACCUACAACAACAACAAACAAACACUAACUCAUAAAGAUGGAACUUAGCAUCAAUUUUACCUUGUUUGUUUCCUUUCUCCUCAUUGUUCUGUUCAGGUUACUCAUCAAGCCCUUUAUCUCUAAAAAACAUAACUUACCACUCCCUCCUGGUUCCAUGGGCUACCCUUACAUAGGAGAAACCUUCCAAAUGUAUUCUCAAGACCCAAAUGUCUUCUUUGCCUCAAAAAUCAAAAGGUAUGGCUCUAUGUUCAAGUCCCACAUUUUGGGUUGUCCCUGCGUGAUGAUUUCAAGCCCUGAAGCUGCAAAGUUUGUCCUCAACAAAGCUCAACUCUUCAAGCCAACAUUCCCAGCAAGCAAAGAGAGAAUGUUGGGAAAGCAAGCUAUCUUCUUUCACCAAGGAGAGUACCAUGCUAACCUGAGGAGGCUUGUCCUUCGCGCCUUCAUGCCUGAAGCCGUCAGAAGCAUCAUCCCGAACAUCGAGUCCAUUGCAAAAGAUUGUCUCGAAUCAUGGGAAGGCCGUUCAAUCACCACUUUCCUUGAAAUGAAGACGUUCACCUUCACUGUUGCUUUGCUUUCAAUUUUUGGAAAAGAUGAGAUUCUAUACAGAGAGCGUUUGAAACAGUGCUACUACACACUUGAACAAGGGUAUAAUUCAAUGCCUAUUAACCUUCCCGGGACACUUUUCCACAAAGCUAUGAAGGCAAGGAAAGAACUGGCACAGAUCGUAGCCCAAAUCAUCUCAAGCAGGAGGCAGAGUAAGCAAGAGUACAAGGACUUGUUAGGUUCAUUCAUGGGUGAGAAAGCAGGGCUCACAGAUGAACAGAUAGCAGAUAAUGUAAUCGGAGUCAUUUUCGCAGCUAGGGACACCACAGCCAGUGUGCUUACGUGGAUUGUCAAGUACCUUGGUGAAAACCCCAGUGUCCUACAAGCUGUGACUGAAGAGCAAGAAAACAUAUUGAAGAGCAAGGAAGAAGAUAAGGGUUUGAAUUGGGAAGAUGCUAAAAACAUGCCAAUAACUUCAAGGGUUAUUCAGGAGACUCUAAGAGUUGCCUCAAUUUUGUCCUUCACUUUCAGAGAAGCAGUAGAGGAUGUUGAAUAUCAAGGGUAUCUAAUACCAAAAGGGUGGAAAGUGCUGCCCCUCUUUAGAAACAUUCACCACAGUCCAGAGAACUUCAAAGAUCCAGCAAAAUUUGACCCCUCUAGAUUUGAGGUUGCUCCAAAACCCAAUACAUUCAUGCCAUUUGGCAGUGGGAUCCAUGCUUGUCCAGGGAAUGAAUUGGCCAAGUUGGAGAUUUUGGUCCUCUUACAUCAUUUGACCACAAAGUACAGGUGGUCUGUGGCUGGGGCAAAGAGUGGGAUUCAAUAUGGGCCUUUUGCUCUUCCCCAAAAUGGCUUGCCCAUCACAUUAUAUUCCAAGAAGUAAAUAUCACCCCAACAAAAGGCUAAACGUGGAAACAAACAAUGACUUCAAAGCUGUCAAAAUUGGUUCCCAUUUUCUCAAAAGAAAUGAUAAAGGCAGAGACCAAAUUGCAAAAUGUAAAACCAAACAAGGGAAAUUAAGUGUUGGUUUCUUUUUGGCUUGGAGACUCCCAAAGGGUAGUCUUCAUGAUUGAAUACUAACAGGAAUGUCAAGUGUAUAUAGGAGAUUCAUAGCCAGAGCAGAUAGUUAGAGUUCUUAUCAUUCCUUCACUUUUUUUUUUGCUUUUUCAAAUAUGAGGAAAAUCCUCAUAGGAUUGUAUUGAUGAAUUUGAUGGUAAUGGAUAUCUUGUUAAAAAAAUUCA